AUGUCUGGGAGGCGAACGCGGUCCGGAGGGGCCGCUCAGCGCUCCGGGCCCAGGUCCCCAUCUCCUUCUAAGUCUUUGCGGAGAUCCCAGCGGAAAUCAGGCUCUGAUCUCCCGAGCAUCCUCCCUGAAAUCUGGCCGAAGCCACCCCAGGAGGCUCCAGUCAGAAAGCCCAUCGUCUUGAAGAAGAUCGUGGCCCAUGCUGUAGAGGUCCCAGCUGCCCACUCGCCUCGCAGGAGCCCUAGGAUUUCUUUUUUCUUGGAGAAAGAAAACAACCCUCCUAACAGGGAGCCUGCUAAGGAGGACCUUUUCAAGAUCCAUAGCGUCCCACUCACCCCAGCCACCACUCCUGUGCACAGCCCAAACGCCGAGUCCAGCUCUAGAGAAGGAGGCCUGGAUGCCAGGGAUGUGGAAAUGUCUAAGAAAGUCAGGCGAUCCUACAGUCGGCUGGAGACCCUGGGCUCUGCCUCCACCUCCACCCCGGGCCGCCGCUCCUGCUUUGGCUUUGAGGGGCUGCUAGGGGCAGAAGAUUUGUCAGGAGUCUCGCCUGUGGUAUGUUCAAAGUCAAGCGAGGUCCCCAGGGUCCCUGAGAAGCCUUGGGCCCCAGACACGACUCUCCCUGGAAUCUCGCCUCCAGUCGUGAAACAGAAACGAAAGAAGAAGGUGCCCGAGAUCCUGAAGUCAGAGCUGGAUGAGUGGGCUGCGGCCAUGAAUGCCGAGUUUGAAGCUGCUGAGCAGUUUGAUCUCCUGGUUGAAUGA